GUCAUGUUUUCUCAAGAAAAAUUGUAAGUUUUCACUUAUUUCAUAAAAAAUAGAUGAGUAAUUCAUAUUUUUGACUUUCAUCAAACUUUUCAGUGAAAAUGACCGCGGCAGACAGGUGGAGGAAGAUGAAAGGUCCGAGGAAAGCUACACCGAAGAAGAGUAUCUGAAAGAGGAUCAGCCGGAAGAAGUCAAUCCCGAAGGACUUGAAGAAUCUGAUCCGGAAGCUGGCGGGAUUGAUUACGAUCCGUUUACGGACGACGAGGCUGGACCUUCUCCAUCCCCCCGGGAAAGCGGCGGAAAGUGCGAAAAGUUGUUUUCACUGGAAUGCAGUUUUUGUCAGAGAUUGUACCGAAGUCAGUUAAGGCCAAAAGAAAACUUCUCGGCGCAGAUCAGUGGUGAUUCUGUGCAGGAGGUGGUAGCAAAUAUGUGGGAGUCAGGAAAAAUCCUCAUCAAACGGGAAGUUAUGUUUGAAAACGGAAUCCCGAAAUGGGCUCCUGAUGAAAUCCCCGGAGAAGAAUCCGCAGAAAAGUUCCUCAUCGUGUAUGACGUAACCGCCCAUAAAUCGUAUGCCACGACGAAUCUAACCCCGAAAAAGCUGCAAAAGUGGUGUAAUCAGAUUGUUAAGGUGUUUGUGUACGCUUACUCCAAGGAAGUUGAGACCAAGGGUCAGUAUGGGGAUGUUCUCAAAUACUUAAUCAAUCCCAAGAAUCCUGAUCGGGCUGGAGCCAACUCUAUGAGGGAGGAAGCUGCUUUGGCAAAAGAGUUGAGAGAGCAAAAUCCGCACCUCGAAGGUCAUUCCAGCUCCCGGCUGCUGUGGGCGACCACUAUUUACACUGCCUCUGCCCACGAGCAAGAAGCUUUGAAGGAGGCGCAACAUCCAGUCCAUCGAGGAAUGGUCGUGGGGAAUACGGACAAUUCUCGAUGGUCGAAGCAAAUCCGGGAGGUCAAGGAGGAGCUUCACACAGCAUUUAACAUCAUUCAAGGAGCAAUCAGAAAGGUGGAGAUCAUGGAAGCGGAAUCGAACGCAAGCAUUGAUAUACUUUCUGCGAUGGAAUCGGCUGUGCAACCCGAGGAGAGCGAGUUAAGCCAACAGUUGGCUGCCGAGGUUACAGAUAGUAUCGAUAUCGAUCACAUUUAAUCAUUUUGAAGUGAUUUUAUCACAUUUAUGUUUUCUUACAUUCAUGAAACAAACAAUUUCGUAGAAAGUCAAUAUUUAAUCAGUACUUUUAUUCCUCCACUGCUUACGAUAUAAAUCUAGCUCAAAUUUCUUCGAGUCUUGUCCCAAUCCUUUUUCUGGCAAAAAUGAACCUCCAGCAAAGUACCCGCAGUUCUCGAACAGUUUGAGGCACAAAUAAGUUCGAAAUCGAUUGAUUGUAUCGAUAAUUUCAUGAAAAAUCGGUUCGUUCUGCCGAUGGUGGCGCUGCAAAUCUUUUUUAACCAUUUCUGCAAGUAAAAAUAGUAAUUUGUUCGAUUUUUCAUUAAAUAAACAAAAAAAAGUUUGACAAUCAGAACAAGAUGAAGGAAUCACAACAAAUUUGGCUUACACACUGAUCGAGAAAUAUCAAAUUGAGUUUGACAGAAAAAAGGCGGAGA